ACGCUCACAUUCUUGCCACCUCAGUAUCUUUUUUCGAGGGGGCGACUGCCGCGUACCCCUGGUUCCUACACCACCGUUACCAACACCUUCAACUAUAACAGGUGGAUUGUACGAGCGCAUCUGUUCUUUUUUCUAGUUAAAGUACACAUGAACCUCAAAGGAUGAACGGACAGAUAGCUGCUGAUAAAAAGACAACGCGUGCGCAUGCCAACCAGGGGACAGCAUUCUUCAAGUCGUGAGUUCGACCGAUUUUUCUUAGACUUGCUUCAUCACAUCACACGGUGAUCGCGGACGUCGUGUGAAACUCUUUCCGCGUUGGGACGGGUUGCUGUGUAGACGUUUAGGCUAAUUUUGUGUGCUGAAGGCAAGAUUUGCACGGGGAGUAGCCGUCUUCAGGUUCUCACCUCAAUCGAUGACGCUGCUCUUGUUGGAUUUUUCGUUGUUGUUUUUGUCUGAACUGAUCAUCGAAUUUUACACAGAAGAGUUCUUUCCGGUAAUGCAGACGACAUCAUAAUUUGAAGCCCUGUUUUUUCCUUGUGUAGUUAUUUUUGUAAAAUGUAAUACAGGACAUGCAUAAAAUCUGUUCGUUGCGGCAAGAAAGCAGCCAUGUCAUAAAGAUUACGUUAUUAGUGAGAGCUGUUGAUAUUAAUUAUGUUGGUGAAAGAAUAUCGCAUCUGUAUGCCACUCACCGUGGAAGAGUAUCAUCUUGGUCAGCUGUACAUGAUUGCUAAACACAGCCAUGAACAGAGUGAAAAUGGGGAGGGUGUAGAAGUGGUGACAAAUGAGGCUUGUUAUGACCCACUCCAUGGAAGUGGACAGUACACAGAAAAACGUGUUCACCUUUCAAGCCGUUUGCCAUCAUGGAUUCGUGCAGUCAUUCCAAGGAUAUUCUAUGUUACUGAAAAAGCAUGGAAUUAUUUCCCAUACACAAUCACAGAAUACACAUGCUCUUUUUUACCACGAUUUAGCAUCCACGUUGAAACACGUUAUGAGGAUAAUAAUGGUGUAACAGAAAAUUGUCUCAUGGUGCCUGAUGAUGAGCUCCAGCAGAGAGAGGUGGAUUUUGUGGACAUAGCUUUUGAUGAACUUCCAGCUAAAUAUUACAAAGAAGAAGAGGAUCUCACCAAAUUCAAGUCUGCUAAGACUGAUCGUGGUCCUUUAGAGCCAGGCUGGAGGGAUACAUCAAAUCCAGUGAUGUGUUCAUACAAACUUGUUAGGGUCAAGUUUGAAGUUUUUGGGCUUCAAAACAAAGUGGAAUCUUUUACACACAAGUCAGUACGAGAUAUUCUCCUGCUGGGACACAAACAAGCAUUUGCUUGGGUGGAUGAGUGGUAUGGGAUGACUUUAGAGGACAUCAGAGAUUAUGAAAGCAAAAUGAAUGCGGAAACAAACAGGAAAGUUUUGACUGGCAGGAAUCAGAGCUCCAACAAUGCUUCUGCAAGCUCAUCAGCAUAGUCUGCAACAGUGCUGUUGCAUUAGCUUCUUGUUUGCACAUAGGUAGAGUUUACAAAUUAUUGCUUCUAAAAAAUGAUAUGUUUUGUGAGCCGCAUUUUUGUCCUGUAUUGUGUGGUUGUGGAGUGCCAGAUAGUACACAUGUAAAAGCAAUGUGCACUUACACUUUUGUGCACUCCUAUGCAUAUAAGAAUUCCCUGAAUCUCAUAAAUAGUGUUCAUGAGGCACUUGGUCUAUGGAUCUACAUACACCCAUUUACCCUACGAACAGUCACUUUAUCCACAGGACAAAGUUAAUGCCUAUCAUUAUGGCUGCUGCCUAUGUGGUGCUCAGAGUAAAGAAACGGGACCAUGUCACUCCUCUCCUUUGUUCUCUUUAGAAUCACAUUCAGUCCAAAUUGUCUGUAUUCACAUUCAGUGCAAGAUGUCUGUGCUCAGCAUCAGUUUCUUUGAAGGCACUUGUCCUUAUUUAUCUAAACUUCUGUUUAAUAAUAAUAAUGGUGUGAGCUUUUAUAGCAAGGUAUCCCAGCCAAAGCCACAUUCUCCAAGCAUUACAAACACAAAAACGCAAGACAGAUAAAUUACCUCACAUCCCAACCAGAAAACAUCUGACCAGUUCAUGCUAUCUAUUCCUGUCACGAAAACAAUAAUGUACCAUUACUGACUUGAACUGUGAUGCAGCAAAGUAGUGGAGUACCCUUCCCUCUUACAUCUGCCACUAACCCACCAUUGAGUCUUUUAAAUAUGCAUUAAAAACACACCUUUUCCACGAGCACUACUCCUAAACACGUUCUAUUUAAUGCUGCUAAGCCAUUCUGUUUUAUAUAAUUAGUCUGUCCUACUGAUGUCCCUUUGUUGAUUACUUUUGAACUCUUCAUUGUUACUGUUACUUCUGUGUCUUCAGUCUUUUGUGUCAUUGCUGAUCUUUCCAUUUCAUUAUCGCCUACAUAUUGAUCAUUAUUUUGUUUCAACCACUGAUUGCAUUCUUAAUGUAAGCUUGAUCCUGCACUAUAUCAAUUGAACAUUUAUUAAAGCAUUGGAAAUCUGUAAGAAGAGGCUUUAUAUUAAACAGCCCAUAAACAGCAGCUUGUUUCUGUGAUAGGAGCAUUAUGUGAGAACAUCCUUGCUGUGAUACUGGAUACAGGUUAAAAAAAAUCUAUUUUGCCUGAGAUACUGUUGUUUUAUAAAUAUUUAACAUCUGUGUUUAUUCAAACUUCACUGCAAUUUUUGUUUUAUAAAUAUUUAACAUCUGUGUCUAUUCAAACUUCACUGCAUCUUUACUGGUUUUUGCUCAGAUGAUAUUUAAUGAUAGAUUUACACAUCUUAUCUUACUCAGGUAUCAAGUUCAUUUUUAUGCCCAGAUUAUUGAGAUUUUUAAAUAAAAAAUAAUCAUUGCACUGAAAAAGGAUACAGAGGCUGAAGUAGUGCAUUAAGACUAAAGGACAAGAGAGAUUCUUUCAAGCAUGUUUAGCAAAGACAUGCCUUAUAGAUUUUAUUACUGUGUCAAUGGAUCCCGUUUCAGUUCAUAAUAAUACAAAGUUUUGAUGAAGUUGAUUAACAAAUGUUAUUUAAAUUUGCAAAUUAGUAGCAACUUUUUCUAAAGAAAUGGCAUUUUCUCUGUUUUGGCUGUUUCACUUCAUAAAAUAAUGUACUUUUGUGCAUUCCAUUUCCACAUUUUACCCUUGAUGUUAUUGCAUGUAGCUAAUCAAACCUUGCCAUUUAUUUUCUGUCAUACAUUUUAAUAUUUUGCAUCAGGACUGUUUUAUAUGUUAAUCUUGUACAGCAUUUGAAACUAUGUGGAUUAUUAGCCUUAUUGUUUUAAACACAUUUUACUCCCUUUGAAUUAAUCUGUGUGGUAUUUAUGUUAAUGUCUUUAUUGUCUUUAAAUAGACUUUAAAACUUUCUGCCUUAAAUUAUAACUAACUGUAAAUUUUGUUCAUCAGAGAUUUGUUAUUUACUUGAGGGUUUUAAAAGCAGCUGGCUUAUCAGCUUAUGAUAGAAAAAUAUGCUUUUUUUAGUUUUUUUUCCCCUGAUUGUAUUUUCUUAAUUUUAGCAUUAGGUGCAGUUUCUUAAACUUUAUGGGUACCAGUUGGGUUUAAUAUGAGGACAACAAUAGUGUAAUAAUGAUAAAGACUGAACAGAUGAAAUCCGCCAAACUUUAGCAAUAUUACUGGUAUUAUCUUUAUUUCAACCACAUAAUACACAAAAUUUAUGAAAGGAGGUUUGCAGGGCAUAAAGAAUGAUAGCCAGCAAAUAGAUUACAUGGGUUUUGUUGGUGGAGAGGCUGUGACCUGUUACUCAGUAUGCAAAAGUUUAUCUACUAGAUAUUUAUUGCCAUCAACCAUUCUUCAUUUUUGAAAACUAAAACUAAACUUGUCAUUAUAGUAAAAAUAUUCAGAUAUCUUGCCAAUAUAUGUAAUCAACAUCUAAAUUUCACACCCAUCUAGAAAAAGUGUUUUUUCAUGUACAUGAAUAUUUAUUAAAUUUUGAGUAGAUCAUGUUUUUUUUACUCAAAGGUAUUUUGUGCAUUAGAAAAACUUGAAUGAGCUGACAGAUGUACAAGGCUUGGGCUUUAUGAUAUGCCAUUGUCCUCUACUACCUCAAAACUUUUGUCCCCAGUGUCACCAAUGUUACAGCAACAUUAUUACAAACAUAACUAACUUUAUUUUUUAACUCUUAACACUAAAAAUAAUGUUGCCUGAUGUUGGGGAAGCAUGACUAAAAAUUGCUACAAGAACUAUGUAAAGAUACAAGAUAUGAAAGCAAAUUAAAGAAAGCAUGACAUACAUAUUGCAUUUGGCAUUCAUUUAAUAUGGACUGGGCAAGUUACCAGUUGUCAAACAGUUCUAAAACUUAACAUUUAGUUUUAAAUAUACGUCUGAGGUUGUAGGUUCAAAUUCUCCCGAUACCAGUUGCUUAUGCUAAUAUCUGGCUUAUAUCCGCACAAAAAUGAUAGGCUCUUGCUAUCUUUUAAGAAAUAAUUUUUUUUUAAGAAAUGGUGAGUGCCGAAUUUAAUUUAACCAUAUGGCUAUUAAUGUGAUGACUGAAUCCAUUGUGGCUUUAUUUGAUGCUGACAUCAUUGGUGGGAUAAUUUUCACAUUUAACUCCCAUCAACUCCAAACAAGUAUAGUAUACUUGUAGGUGUUAGUAGUAGUGUAGUAUUUUCAUGAUAGACACUAGGUUUACUGUAGUUUAAAUUACACAAAAGUUCUCUGCAACCAUACUUAAUGAUUUUUUUAAACUUUGUUUAACUAAGUUGUUUCUUUGCAUUCACCACCAUUGAUAUUUUGUUCAAAGUACUUUUUUGUGUUUUAAGGUUUGUUUAAAAUAUUUAUUUUGAAAACAGUGUGCUAAUUUGUUUAAAAAUACCUAUAAAACCUCUUUAUUGUUGACUGUUGUUGCUUGCAUUGGUACUUCAGUAGUGAUUGCUGGGAUUAUUAAGAUAUAUGGUUUUUAUAAUUUACAUUGCUGUUGUGAAAUGCGUGUUUCUUUUUAGAGUGGGACAUUCCAGCUUUUUGAUUGGUGAUAAUUAACUUUGGGUUUCAUGUUAACAUACUUUUUAUUUUUGCUUUUUUUAAUGUAUUUUGUGUUUGUGUGAUAUUUUAUAGUAGUAUGUUUCUGUUACCAAAAAAAAUGCAUCACCAAUGAACAAAACGAUCUAAACAAAAACCCAUAAGGUGCAGUAGUAUAAAACCAAACGGAAAAGGGGAAUAUGACCAAAUAUUUAUCUUACCGACAUCCUAUUCAAAAAGUUGAUAACAAAAUUCUUGCCCUCUUCUAAAGUGCAAUUAAUUUGAUAAUCUCUCCAAAUGUAUUGCUCAAAGCAAUGGCAAAGAUGUUCAUAUUAUGGAGGCAUGAGGAACUGUUGACUUUUGAAUACAACUUGCUUGCAUCAUGAUUAAGUAAUAUUUUCUAGGAAUUGUGUAUGGAAUGGGGAGUGGAAAUGAUAAUAAAACCCCAGGUUUUUUUUCAGUGCUACUUCCUGUCAUGUUCAUUCUUGGAUAGUGUUAUGGAUUUUGUGACUCUUUGCCAACAUGAGUAGCCAUUAUCAUUUUCCUUUAUGGUGCAAAUCUGCAUGAAAAAAAGAUACAUAUAAUUCCAUAAUAAAAAUUUUGUCCCUUUUAUUUUCCAUUGAAUAUUGGUUAAAAUGUUACAGCGAAGUGUCAUUUACUUAAUCAGAUUAAAUAUUGCUUUAGGGUAGCACUUAAGUGAACUCAAUUGAAUUCAGUUAAGCAUAAAUGACUUACGAAUAUUUUUUAAGGUAGUAAUGUAAACUAUUGUUAUUCAGCUUAAUCAUCCUGGAAAAAUACCAUGCUGAUGAAAUGUGUCUGCCAGUCCUGUUGUUGUUCAUGGGGACUACAUCAGUGGAGUAUGAACCAUACUUUUUUCCCAUAACUAAGAGAUACAUAAAUCCAGGAUCCUAGCAGCUGUGAUCUGUCUAACCACUUGUAAAACAUUCUUUGAUCAAAUAGUGUCUUAAUGUAGAGACACACUUUGCUUUAAAACAUGUGCCUUAAUGUCAAAAUGUAAAUCUGCAAAAUACAUACGCUCGCCAGUGUAUAGGGAUGGGCCAUCUUGAGGUCUGUUGGAGAAAUGCACUGAUACAGUACAUGUUUAUUGAGUGUGUAUUUUUUUAUUAUUAAAACUAAUUUUAUUGUGUUUUAGCUUUUAUUAGCCUGUAAUCAGAUCUUUUAACUGAAGAGCAAUAUCCAGUGAUGCAAACAUCAGGCUGGAGAACUGUCCAGCAGUUGGUGGAUUUCUGCCAUAAAUUAUUUGUCUUUCCACUUGAAAAAAAAAAAAGGAAAGGAAGUUCCAUAAAAAAGAAAAGAGCCAUGUGUAGUGCCACAUUCGACUUCUUGAUCCACAUUUCCACGUGGACAGCUGUGGUAUGUACCACAAAUUGUGAGGAGUGGUGUGAUUUUGUCUUUGACUUUUGCUCAGGGUGCAGAGAUCUAUUACAAGAAAGUUGAAGUGAG